CCAAAGCAAACAAAAUAAAAAUGACAAAAAAAAAAAGAAGAAGAAAAAGAAGUCUCUAUAUAUCUUAUUGUGUGUGGAUUUUCCAAAGCAGUUAUUUAAAUCAAUUUGUAGUAUGCAGAAACUCAGAACUUAGGUUGUAGAUUACGAAUUACCAUAAUCUCUUUCUAAGCAAGAUCAGAGAACUGCUAAUUGCUAAUAUCAUAUCAAGAUGUCUACACCUAUGGAGUAUUAUAAUUCUUUGCCACCUGUGGCAAAGACCUAUGCAGUCAUCUGCUUCAUGACCGCUGCUGCAUAUCAACUAGAACUCUACGAUGUAUGGAACAUCGCACUAUUUUAUUCUGAUGUUUUCAGAAGGUUUCAGGUGUGGAGACUUGUGACAAAUUUCUUCUUUAUAGGAGCGUUUUCGUUUACAUUUGCAUUUCGUCUCCUAAUCAUAUUGAGGUAUGGGGUUCAAUUGGAAAGGGGGCCUUUUGACAAGAGGACAGCCGACUAUGUAUGGAUGUUUUUAUUUGGAGCAAUUGGGUUGUUGGUGAUGUCCAUAUUUCCCUUUUUGUGGUCACCAUUCAUGGGGGCAUCAUUGGUAUUCAUGAUCGUAUAUAUUUGGGGCCGAGAAUUUCCAAAUGAGCGUAUUAAUGUAUACGGCCUUGUGCAAUUUAAGGGAUUCUAUCUUCCAUGGUACAUGCUUGGGAUAGAUAUGAUCCUGGGUAAUCCUCUUAAGCCAGACAUGUUGGGAAUAGCUGCCGGACAUAUAUAUUACUUCCUCACGGUCCUUCAUCCUCUCGCAACCGGAAAGAACUACUUCAACACUCCUCGUUGGGUUCACAAGCUGGUAGCAUACUGGGGUAAAGGCUUCCAAGUGAACAGUCCAUUUCGAAGCGAUCCCUCGGCCGGAACUGCUUUCCGAGGAAGGGGUCGCCGUCUUAACGGAAGCAGAAGUUCUUCGUCGUCGAGGGACCAAACAACAACCACUUCAGAACAAGCUGAGGAAACACCAACCGAUUCAAAUUCGAAUGAAGGAGGCGGCCGAGGAGGAGGAGUAGCUUUUCGUGGCAGAAGUUAUCGCUUAGGCGGCCGAUAAUAGCUUCCUUCAUUCUACAAUGCUUCUUUAAUUUGUCCAACUUUUGUGCCACUUCCAAUGGACUAAAUUUUGUCAACUUUUAAUAUGGUUACAAAUAGUAUUAAUGUGGUAUGUGUAUAAGAUUUAUGGAUGAUUC